CGUUAAGAAUGGAGCCUUUUCCAUCUGAAUGGCAGUUAUCCCAAAAGUGAUGAUGUGAGUUGAAAUCACCUCCAAUUAUUAUCUUUCUAAAUUUGGCUGUUGCUUUAAAUAUCAUCUUCAACUCAUUUUCAAAAUCUGAUACUAGUAUGCAUGGCGACACGUACAGCGAUACUGCCAGAAUAUCUUCAGCGAUAAGAUAUCGACCCACUGUCUGUAUUUUGCUAGAAUAAGGUAUUUGGACUUCUCUGGUUUUAAUUUUUUUGUUUAUUAUUAUUCCCGCGCCACCGUAACCGUCACUUCUAGAAUUGAGAAAUGUCAAGUACCCUGGUAUUUUGUAUUUGGAGUGUUCAAACUCGAUUUUACUCCAGCUCUCUGAUAUAAAACAGACAUCGUAUUUUUGUCCGAAUAACACACGUGUUAAUUCUUCCUUGUGUUUCUCUAAACUUUGAAUGUUAACCUGGAAUAUUCUAAUAUUGUCUGACAUUUACUUACGAUUUGACUCGUUCAAUUUAUCUUUCUGAUUAUUUCUGCUUCGUGAUCUGUGUCUGCUACUCGAUUCGUUCUUUCCUGUUCGGGGAACGGCACCUAAAACUGUGUAGGUAUUUAGGCUAUCCUGGGAAGUGUUUGUGUUGACACUUAAUUGUUGUAUUAUCUCCUGCGAUCGUUGUUCGUCAAUUUUCUUAGCCCAUCUUUCGUAGUCAGUGACUCGAAAUUUGUUGAAGAGUGCUAUUCCAUCUCCAAGCUCUUUGUGGUCUUUCUUUUUUUUGUCUGCACAUAUUUCGGUCGAUUCCAUCUCCAUCUCGGCAGUAAUAGAUCGUUUUUCUCCUUGCUGUUUCUUCUUGUAGCUUGGUUUUGAAGUAAAUUGGCCGGCUACCAUGUCCGCAUAUGAUUGCGGCAGUGCAGGAUAAUCUUCUUCGUUUUCUAAUACAUCAUAUCUGUUAUAUGUGUAGAUAGGAUGCUGUUCCUUAGCUUCCAUAUAUGUUAGAGUUGUUCGUGCCAUAAUUGUUUUGAUGUUUCGCUGUCGGAUUCGUUCUGGGCAUUCCAUGUGCGAUGUGAGAUGAUCGGUUUUGCAGUAAAAACAUUUCGUAUGGCAUUCUGUUUCAGUAUUUUCGUGCACCAGCGAGCAGGUCGAGCAACGUUUCUUAGACUUGCAGUUUUCCGUACGAUGGUUAUAUCUUAAGCAGUUAUGACAUAAGAUGGGUUUAUUUAUAAAAGGACGGACUGUAUUGACACAACAGAACAUGCGAAUAUCUUUUGGCAGCUUGCUUGCGCGGAAUAUAAUACCAAUUCGGUUGGUUGGAAUUUUUUCCCCGUUAUUGUAACGAUGUAGUCUGUUGAUGUUGAUAAUCGGGAGCUCGCUUUUGAUGUUCUCUCUGAUCUCGUCCAUGGUCAUUUCUACCGGAACUCCAGCAACCACGCCGGAAACGGAAAUGAAACUCCGUGGAAUGUAUGCUUUAUAAUUAUUUUCCUUGAGUGCUUCAUCUUUUUGCAACAGAUUUGCCGACUGACGCGUUGACAUGAAAACAAUGAGCUUGUAUUUUCCAAGUGGCCGGAUGUUAAUUAUAUUCUGUCGGUAAUAUUCUGAUUUCGUCAUCAAAUAUCCAAAUGUCAAUUUAUUUAUGCGUAGGUUGUCAUUUUUAUUGUCCAGCAGUUGUACUAUGACUCUGUACGGUGCGCUGUCCGAAUCAUUGUAUUCGUAUUCUUGGUAAGCGCGCCCCCUGUCCGGCGGCUUCGCCAUACUGUAUUUUACGGUGAAAACUGUAUUUCCUGAUGAAAUUCAACUUUCCGAAAAAAGAUAACACAAGUUUAAAUAAGUUAUUCUAUUGUCGCUUCUAAUUUAACGUCUAAUUCACUGAUUUUUCUAGAUUUUUUCGCUCCUUUAAAAAAAAACCAAUAUGGCGCACUCAAAAAGUCCGAACCGAAUGGAUGAUACGGAACGUGAUUUCGUGAAUCACGCCGAUCGAUGAAGCUACUAUCAAGCGUCAUAGUGGCCGUAUUGUGGAGGAUAGUGAUUGUACACGUUCUACCUUGAAUAACCGUCGUGCCGGGACCUUCCCGAAAUUGGAGCGCCAUUCUACCGAACAAGAAUUGGGGAACCUAUGUUUGAAUCAGGGCGCGGGUUGGCCUAGAUACAUUCUAGAAAUCAAUCCAGACCGUCGGGAACAAAUUUAUUUUUUAUUUUUGUAUCCGUAUUCUACAUCAUUACCGUUAGAACAUUUAAAAAUGCUCGAUCGAUAAAUUGUUUAUAUUUCUUGAUUAUGAAUUUGUUUUUUUACGAAACCAUUGCAGCUAGAACAUGUUGACUGGUUAGCAUUUCCAUUGCGUACAAUGGAAAGAUGACCUUCUUUGGAUUUCACAGUAGAAGUUACUGAAAUAUUGAACAAAAUCUGUAAAAAAGUGUACCAUUCGCGUAUCUUUUGCGUUUUUUUAAUUGUUUGUUUAUUUACUUUGGAGCUCCUUGGUAACUAGUUCGUAGCAACCUAAACAGUGUUGCCCAAGAAGAUUAUUUUUAUCAUUAUCAAGGGGUCGCUAUAUUUGCGGUAACUGGCGGUGAAUCGUUAACAGACAAUUUCAUUGCCAAUUUUUCUUCGGAGUGCCUGGUCGUGUCGUCGGCUAAAUUCUCUUCAGUAUGAGGCGCAUUUUUCAUUGAUUGGAUACGUUAUGAAGCAAAAUUACCGUAUUUGGAGCAAAGAUAACCCACACACCGUUCAAGAAUCAGGGCCACCGAGAGAAAAAAAACGAGUCUGCGGGGGUUCCAGCACUGCCCCUCUUCGUUUAUGUCGUUUUCGCCAAAACCUAACCCAGUUUUCACCCUAACUGCUGUCAAACCAUUUAUUUGAAGCUAGUUUCGAACCUAGUUUUAACGUUGUUGAACUGAUAACGAUUGAUGUUUUGGAAAUCAAUAUUCAACCCGUUAUUUAAUGUCCAAUGUAAAAACCUCUGCAAACUGUGCUGUUCCAAUAAAUAGAUCUUUCCAACUACUUGUCAAACAAAUUACGAUUUACUCAAAGUUUACUACGAAAUUUUAUCCAGAUCCGUCGGAAUUAUAGGUGAAGAGUGUUAAAAAAUUCUAGACUUUAUCUAAAAUGACAAGGCAAAAUACAUUUUUAAAAAUCGUUUAAACAGAACUAAUAUAUUGAUCUGUCUAGCCGGUGGCUAUAAAAAUUUAGUAGGCUUUUCCGAUACCGGAAAUAGUUCUCGUAAAUACUGAAAAUGAAAUUGCAUCAAUCUCUCAUAUUAGCGAACACGAAGAAAAUAAAUCACGACAGGCAUCAUUACACUACUAAGUGGAUUGAAACAAAACAGGUUUUAAUUUCGGAUUUCCAAAGAUUACAGCCAUUAGAAACUACACGCAAAGCAGCGAACACGUUGUCACUAUAUCAUAUAACUGCAACACGUGCUUUCGAAACAAUAUUUAACAGAACACUGGCACCGUUCUUUCUGUCGGCAAUACCCCGCGAAUAUAACGAUGAGCACGCAUGAGCAUUGCAUACCACCAGGGGAUGGAAAGGGAGUGCGAAUCUUCGAAAACAGAAUAAUUUUAAAGAGGGUGAAUCUAUAUGAUGAAUCACCAUGGCAAUUCGAUAAACAGUUGAGAAAAGAUCGGAACGGAAAGUGCUCGGUUUACCAGUGAAAAGUUUCGUAUCAUUUGUUGGUAAUAGAAUAUUUGGUUGAAAUAUUCGAGAAAGCCUUAAACUUUUGUUCUAGAAUGGACAACAAUCUUUAAGGCGCGAUGGAUGAUCAACCGAAAGCUGAAGGAGAGGUGGACAAGAAAAUUGUUCAUGUUUAUCCAUUGGUAAAGUAUUCCGAUAUGAAUGACGAUGUACGGGCCGAGGCGAUAGAAUUGAGCAUUACAGCUUGUGAGAAAUAUGCACAAAACUACGAGCACGCAGCGAAAGCGAUAAAGGAGCUCAUGGACAAAAAGUUUGGCACCUUCUGGCACGUGGUCGUUGGCGAAGGAUUCGGUUACGAGGUGUCCUACGAAACCAAAAACAUACUGUAUUUAUUUUUCGGUGGAAAUCUGGCUAUCGUGCUGUGGAAGUGUUCUUAGUUACACGGAACUUUUCUACAGUUUUCUAAAAAUCGAAACAAUAAAACAAUUUUUCGUUCUGUAAAUAAUUCUCUUUCCGCUUUGUGUACUGACUGUGUACAAAUGUAUUUUCAGCUGUAAAAUAUUGUGUUCUAGUAUGGGUGUAUGUUAGUUAAUAUCAAAAACUUUUGUAGAAAAUGUUGAUUUGUUGUAAAUAAUAUGCGUGUGUGUAGGUGGAGAUCUUUGAAACCUUCUUGUACCGUGUGCGUUCACGUUUCUUGUGAAUUGUUUAGAAUAUAUGAAAACACGGAAUUUGAUCCGACAUGGUACGGUAGGUUCAUUAUCCCCAAUUGAUGCAAUAUUCGUCCUGUUUCUCACUUUCUGCAAUGCUGUUCUGUUCGAAUCUGGAACAUGCAGCGUCAGUUCUAGGCAACGAUUGAAGGAAUGUACACAAGUGUGACACCCGCCAUUGGAAUGCAUGGUACCGUGAUUAUUUAGUGUAGAUUUAUUGAACAUGGUAAAUAGCAUAGCGAUUUUGUUUCAAAAGAAAUAUGCGUAUACGCUUGAUUUUUUUGCUAGUAUUUUUUAUUAAAAGAUAGUAGUAACUCAAGCAACCAAAAGUUCCACAAUUCUUGAUUAUUCUGUGCUUUGACCUUAUAAAACAAUAUCACAGUUAGCUUCUGUUACGCGAAAAUUCUAAUCGAACGCACUACUUUUUAUCUUGUCAAUUGAGCCAAUGCACUGGACAGAGUUAGCUGAGUUGACAACUGGUUUGUAAGAACAGAAUUGGAUGCUCUGAAGUUGCAGCGAAGAGUAAACUUAAACGGAGCUUCGUUUCUAAAUUCGAUUUUUUUUCGAGACUUCGUGGACUUAGCACGGGGGGUCCUUCGUAGAUAAACGUAGACUUUUAUGAAACUACUCUCUCUUCCAGUGAGUGUAACCGAAAAUUUAAAAAAAUGUAACCGAAAAUAAAAAAAUUGUCUUUAUUGCCAGGUUAAUUGUAGCUUCGGAUGUAAUAUUGGAUCCGAUAGCGAGGAUCCAAAUAAAUAUUGGAACACUAGAAACCCGACUCCAAUGAGAUGAAGGAUGAUUUCAAGACUAGUAAUUGUAAUUCAUAUUCAUAGAAGAACGGAAUCAAACUGAACUCUGCACUGUCUAAUGUUUCUUUUAAAUAUGUCUAAUGUUUCUUUUAAAUAUGUUCCAAAUUAGUAUGUGACAAACAGAUUGAAUCGUACUCUAGAUCUUCUGUUCAUAAACGAGGAAGCACUAGCGAAUUGUUACGUGCGUCAAGCAGUCGAGCCUCUUGUUGGAAUUUAACCUCUACUGGCUGAAUUGACAUGCUUGAGCGACCACCCCUGUUUGCUACUCCGUUACUGCUCGGGAUUAGCUGAAAUUGUACAGGGAAUUUCUAGAUGAUCCAACCUGGGACUGGUAAAUCAUCCUUCAAUGUACAUCUUCUGGGUAACCCCAGAAUUCAUCGAUCAGUACCGGCGCCGGCCAGUCCCAAACGUAGAUCGUCUAAGGAAUGGGAAGGGAUGUUAGUCCAACACUUGUUGUUUACUAGAGGCCGUAUAUACUACUGCGCACUCCACAAGAGUCACGGGAGAAGGAUAUUUGUUAGUAAAAAUUUCAGUAUUUGUAUUAUUCGCGCACGACUCAAUAUGUUCCGGUUUCAAGAUGCUCGGAUGCACCACUAAACACACUGACUUCCAGAGUGAACGUUUCAACAAUAUCCUAUAUUGAAGUCCCGGGAAGUCUUGAUUCACAGCUCUUAUUCGAGGAAACUAAAGAAAAAUUUGCAAUACUAUCGCGUAAAGAAUAAAAACUUCCCUUUUUUAUAAAUGAAAUAACGUGAUACAAAAUAAACGAGUGAAUAGGAUUUAGACAAAAUAGUUGAUUCAUUGCAUAUUGACAUGUUCUAAACAGUUGUUAUAAAAUCAUUUUAAAUCACCAAAUAAAGGUCAACAGAUUUCAUGCGCGUCUUGAUUCUUUAUUAUUUCCGCUUUAUUAUUUUAAUUAUUUAUUAAAAUUAUUAAUUGGUUAUAUUGGUUGAUCUGGGCAGCCGGCUACCGAGAAAAAUGUGUUUUUUACUAUGCAUUCAAUAUACCGAUAUAUGUUAUCUCUGUUAUUAACUUUGUAAUAUCAACGGAUUUGCGCAAUAGUUGAUUUUUGUCAUUCAAUUUAUAAUCCUGAAAGACAAUCAAUAACAUGGAAGAAGAAAACAUUCCAAAUAAAACUUUUCUCCGAAGCUAGACGGAAAUUGAUAGGUUGAAUGAAGAGAUAAUUUAGUAAAAUAGAGUAAUCAGAAGCGAAACAUUGAAAAUAUCUGAUAACUGAAAGGAAAAAGAAACUCCUGCAAUUGUCGCCUUUUACGACAUGGAAGCAGGAACCCAAUGGAUCUAUUCUUGGUUCAAUUUUUCCGCCGGAUUCCACACGGCAUCUUGGCUGGUACUGUCCGAAGAGAGCUAAUAGGUACUAUAAAUCUCCUAGUGGACCCCAGCCCCUCUACUGACUGAACUGACAUGCUACCAGAAAGUUUGCUUCAACACAAACCCGUACCCAGGAUUUCGUUUCGGGAGGGGCCCAAAGAUAAAAAAUAAUGUUAAUGAAGAUUGUUUAUGUACCUAAUUCUCGGUGUGCUUUUUACGGGUGUUUUUAACAGACACUUUAAACUUUUCCACUGAAACUGUUAUUGUGUUACAUUUCUUUACGUUCACUGUCUUGUUAUUUCUGCAACACAUGUCUUAGACCUUCUAAAUAAUUAUAUAUCUGUUUUUGAUUUCGGGAGGGGCCCGGGCCCCUCGGGCCCCCCUCUGGGUACGUGACUGCUUCAACAAUACAGUCGAAGGCACGAAAUUUAUCUCUUCAAAAACCGAUUUCAAUGGACUAAAUAGCUCACUAGAGUGAAUCGAUUGGGCAUCUCUUUUGGACAGUGUAACUGAUGUCAAUAUAGAGAUAGAAAAGCUUACAUAUGUGCUGUAAUAUUUGUUAAAACUUCAUGUACCAGCUUCACGACCUCGACCAAAACUAUCUUGGUCGAAUCGGCACCUUCGUGCACUGAAACGCGUACGAACAGCUGCACUUCGGUAUUAUACAAAUCGACGCAAUCCUAUAACUAAGCACGAAUUCACUGUCGCCAGCAACAACUGACCGCAUGCUUUUUUCUAGUCAUGUUUUACAGACAAAAGCCGAUCUUAAACAAAAUCCAAAACGUUUCUGGUCUUUCGUGAAUAGUAAACGCAAGGAGGUAGGUCUUUCUUCUACUAUGACUCUUGCAAAUGAAUGUUCAGAUUCAUAUAGUGGAAUUUGCAACUUGUUCGCUCAGUUGGAAUCCGGUCUCAGAGAUGUUCCUUGUAAUAUUAUAAGCCUUGGUAACAUCAACUGGCUCAUAUAGUGUUCCGCCAUCAUACUCAAACAUUGUGUGUUCCUCUAAAGAUACUUUUCAAUAAGUCUCUUUCGCAAGAAAUAUUUCCACAAUACUGGAAAAAAUCGUACAUGUUUCCUGCGUUUAAGGAAGGAAAUAAACCAGAUGUAGCUGAUUCUCUUUGUGCUGGUUCUAAGUUAUCUGAGAUUCUCGUUGGGGGCUGUCCAUAAAAGACGUCACGCCGUAAGGGGGAGGGGGGUGUUUCAUAAAACGUGACCUUUUGUGACAGGGGGAAUGGGGGGAGGUUUUUGGAAUGUGACGUCCAAUAUUUUCAAUGAGCGCAUUUUUGAAAUACCUAAUUAUAUUGCUGCUUUGCCCUUUUCCUGAAAAAAUCUUCACAAUAAACGUUUACAUUCUAUAGGAAAACGUGUAUUUGUUGAUGUAAAAGCUUCUUCUUGUAAAUUCGGAAAUGAAUGAUGCAGGAAAUCAUUUCUGUUGUGAUCAGCAAAAGUGCACGGAGGAGCGAGUAAAUUAACGAAAUUAAUAAAUUUUGCCUAAUAUGAGUAAAAAAGAAAAAGAUGCCUUCAAACGGUUUAACUUAAGUUAUGCACUGACAAUUUUUUCAGUAAUUUGAUUUUCUAGCAUUGAUAAUAGUAUAUCAUAAGAAUUUCUCUUAUCUGAUUCUGAUGCAGUUUAUUCAAUUGUACUCCAUUUGAAAAAGGGCGGGAGAUCAACGAUUUCAGACGUAAAUCAUGUCAUGUCUUAUCUUGAUCAUAAGUGAUUUUCCUCCAUCAACAUCAAAGCUUAUCGAAUCAUCCAAUGAUUGAACUUACAACUUGUGUGACGGAAGAUCAGUACCGAUAUUGAUCGAUGUGUUUUUAAAUUCACUGAUCAACUGAUCACGAAAAGAUUCUCCGGCAGUGAUUCCGUUUUUAUGAGGUUUUGGUCUUUAUUUUCUCAACCCUGUAUGCUACACUAAGGAAAUAUUAAUCUUUACCUAAAACAAUAAUAUAUCUGUGUACCCCAAGGAGGAAUAAAACAGAUGAUUACAAUGUUUCAUCAAUUCCAACCAAAUACUUUUGUUAAUUUAUAUAAUUGAUAUUAAUAAAAUAAUUCCGAUGAUUUUGUAGUUUUAGGGAUAUUUUUUAAUCUAAUGACAGCAUGUAAUAAAUCGAUUUUUCCCUCAUACCUUAUGAUAAAAAAAGAACCGGAAUUUUCAUUUUAAAAUUCCCGCGCUUGUCCAAUCGGUAAACUUUAAUUCUCUCAACGUUGGCAACACUUUUAUACACAUUCUGUCAAAUUUUGACGCAUAUCGUACGAUUAGUUUUUGCUUGGCGUCUAUACAAAAAAGUUGAAAAAUUUUCGAGUGGCGAUUUUUAUAAUGGAUGAAAAUUUAGAACAGCGGUUCGCCUUCGAAGCGCCAUUCGGUCGAUUGUUGUGCGGUUUCGACGUCAUAUUCAUAGAUCCACACCUCAUCACCAGUCAUGAUGCAUUCGAUGAAUGUGGGGUCACUAUCUGCGUUGGAAAUCAUCUCUUUGACCACAUCAACAUGUUUUUGAAUGAAAUUCAGCUUUUUUGGCACCAGCCGAGAAGCGACGCGUUUCAAACCCAAAACAUGAGUUAAAAUGUGUUCGGCUGAUCCAUAAGAGAUGCCCAACAACACAGCAAUCUCUCUAGUCGGUACAGAACGAUUUUGCAACACGAUUUGCUUCGCCGAUUCAAUAUUUUCUUCAGUAACAGAUGUUGUUCGGCGGCCAGGGAUCUCAUCAGGAUCCAAGCUUGUACGACCACCUUUGAAGUGUUUAUACUAAUCGUAUGCCUGUGUUUUUCCUAGACACGAUUCACCAAAGGACUUUUCUAACAUUUUCAACGUUCAAAACAAACAUCUAACAUUUUCAACGUUCGAAAAUUUUUCAACUUCUUUGUAUAGACGUCAAACAAAAACUAAUCGUACGAUAUGCGUCAAAAUAUGACAGAAUGUGUAUAAAAGUGUUGCCAACGUUGAGAGAAUAAAAGUUUACCGAUUGGACAAGCGCGGGAAUUUUAAAAUGAAAAUUCCGGUUCUUUUUUAUCAUAAGGUAUUUGUAUGGUUUGUCAUACAUAUUGAGAAUGUAUUGAGAUGAAUUUUAUUUAUUUUGAAUUCGUGACAUGUGACAUAGAGGGGGUGGGGGGUCUAUGCUUCUGUGACAAUUUGUGACAAAGGGGGGAUGGGGAGUCAAAAAUCGUUAAAAAAGCGUGACGUCUUUUAUGGACAGCCCCUUAGUAAUGUUCUGUUCAACAAAACCAAAUCAUACAUAUCGACCGAUCUACAUAGGAUUUUCCCUGGUAGAUCAACAGCUACGAAUUUAGUUCAGUUUACGUCGCACUUCAUCAGAAACAUUGAGGAUGGAGCAAAGGUUGAUACAGUUUAUACAUACCUUAAAGCAGCGUUCGAUCGUGUUGACCAUACUCUGCUACUUGCGAAAGAUCGCAACCUAGGUGCAUCGGAAACAUUCACCGAUUGGCUCAAAUCGUAUCUUGUUGGCCGUUCACUUUUUGUUAAGCUCGGAAAUUGUGAAUCAAAUAGAUUCUCUAAUCUGUCGAGAGUGCCUCAAGGUAGCAAUCUCGGACCUAUGCUAUUUUCUUAUUUUAUAUGAUGUUCUACAACGACAUCUGUUUUGUCUUGCCACCAGGAUUGUUUAUUAAGACGAUCUCAAGCUAUUUCAUAUCUGAAUUUCAUGAUCUGAAGGUGACUGCACUGUAUUACAACGACAAGUUGAUGUCUUCAGCGACUGGUGUACGCAUAACCGAUUCACACUUAGUAUAUCCAAAUGCUCCGUUAUUCCAUUCACACGCAGGAAAGAACCUAUUCUAUAGAGAUACACUAUUUUUGGAGAAUUCCUUGAGAGAGUAUCAAUUGUAAGGGACUUAGGUGUAGUACUUGAUUAUCAGCUGUCGUCCAGAGACCACUACUCCCAUAUCAUUGCAUAAGCUAAUCGGAAUCUUGGAUUUAUCUUAAAGAUAGCAAAAGAAUUCACUGACACUUAUUGUCUCAGAUCGUAUUAUUUUUCGUUUACGAUUAUGACUAAUCCUCUGCGAGUACCAAACUCUGCAAAAUUCCUCUUUAAAGUGCAUGUUUACAGGUGACUUUUAUCAAAAAAAUAAACGCGAUAUUUGCUCUUUAGUUGUGAAAAUGACAUCGAAGCUAGAGGAACGAGUCAAAAAUUUUGCUUGCGACUCGCGAAAAUAUUCCCCCCGGUUAGGAGUUAGCUACUGGUUCGAGUCCCGUCCAUCCGGUAACAUUUUGCGGUUUUCAUUACAAAAUUGCACUCACAUCUCAAUCAGAGCUUAAAAUUGUCACGCAUUCUCAAUGAAAGAACCCAAUCCAACAGCCUCAUUUUCAAUAUUUUACUGUCUCGUUCGUAAAUGACCGACACCAGAACAAACGAAGGGAAACGAAGCAUUUUCGUUUCUCAUUGAAAAAAUGAGAGAGAAUAAUUGCCAACGGCACUCUUUCCAAUAUGACAAGACGAAACAAAACUAACGUCUUCAGAGAGCAUCAGCAGAAUUUUAAUUCGCAUUCUUUCAUCGAUGUAUUGAAAAUCGAUGACGCUUGGCUAUAAAUAGUGACUAAAAUAUGACAAAUCGAAGUGAUUACAUCCCAUAGCCUCUUUGGAAACCAAAACUACUAUAAAUUCGAGCACUAACAGGUAAAAGUUAUUGUGAAACCUUUCUCUGUCAUUUUCGAUUCUCACAGCUUUGGUUGAAUAUCGACACUGCAUACUAUGGAAUUUUCACUCCCGCUUAUGUCAUUGACUGGACAUAGAUUUCGUUCUCAUAGUUUGCAAGCGAGGCUGAGAGUGACCGUAAUUUCUCAUCAUUUUCGUCUAUUUUGAGUCAAUGAAAAUAACUUUUAUUAGCUCUGAUCUCAAUAUUCCAAUCUGUUUCCCCUGUUAGAUACUGAUCAUAUUUGAAACUAGCUCAAGACGACUCUACGUCUUAACAAAGACUAAAACACGGAUAACAUUUUUCGACAGCAAAGAAGACGAGAUUUGAAGAAAAGUCAAAUUUCGCAAAAACGACGGAAAGAGUUUCUUACUGUAACGAACAAAACAACUCGUUCAGGGUAAGAUCGCGGAAGCUGUACAAAUUGAGCUGUCGAAGUUAGCCGAGAAGUAUUUCGCAUGGCAGGUCAUCUGAUCCCGUUUAGGACCAUCAACCAGGAAAUUUAUAUCUGGAAAAACAACUGUUCUUUUUAGGCCGGAUUUGGCAUCUUGGCAUCAAGGGAAAAAGGCCUUGUAGUGUGUUGCCGAAAACAACGUUCAAAAAUUAAGAUACAGAGAUACAGAGCUGGCAAUCUGCGGUGAGAGAAAUGAUCAAGGAGACUAUGUAAAAUAUUAUGGAAGAAGUCAACGGCAUUUCGCAUUCGUCGAAAAAGCAAGCUUGAGCGCUUAAGAUGAAAUUAGGAGCAUUCGUUUAGAGUUUUCGUGUCGCUAUAACAGCAGUAUUGAACAAUUUUCAAGCAACUUUUUCUGUGAUAUUGUUUCUUAGAGCCGAAGCAAAGAUAUUGUAUUCGAUUUUAUCAUGAUUCAUUGAUUGCAAGUCGAGUAAUCGGUAUAAUAACAUAGUGACUCUACUAAUAAGAUGACUAUUGGUACAAUAGCCCUCAUUCCUAAGCGACAAAUCGGGAACAAACGUAAAUUUCGGAGUUUUAG